AUGGGGGCGAGCCAGCUGGCGCCGGGCACGCGCUACACCGCCAGCGAGUGGCGCACCAACCUGACGCUCAGCCCAACUUCAGAGUACUCCGCGCAGUUCAGGGUCAUCGGCGGCUCCACCCUGGAGGUCACCCUCUGCCAGUUCUGGUCCAGCCUCGGGGCAGCUUCCCUCGAGAUCGAAGUCAGCUUCCACGGCCUGCAGGUUGACGGGGCCCUAGGCGGCCGCGCGGGCGGCGCCCCCGGCUGCGAGCUGUCGCUGUCAGGGGCCGCGGGCCUGGGCCGCUUCACGCUGCUGUCGCCACUGCGGCGGCAGCGCGUCAAGCCCGAGGGCAAGCUGAGCGCGGUGCUGGCGCCGCUGCGGCCGAGCGAGAGCGCGCUCGAGCCGCUGGAGAAGCGGCCGGGUGGGUGCGGCGCGACGCAACGCGAGUCUUAA